AAUGUAUAGGAGGUAGCACGAUGUGACAGCUAUUUAAAAUCGUUUAAAAGCGACACACUAACUUUUGUUUCACCGCGAAAGCUAAAACCUAGCUAGCUAGCUAGCUAGCUUGCACUGUUUACUUCAGAGAAAAAGAAAGGAGGAAACUCAUUUGUGACUUCUGACACCAUUCAGGUGAAGCUAAAUUAUUUAAGCAAGUUUUAAAUCCCUUGUUAGAAAGUUUACAGACAUGGCCACACGGAUAGAGUGUAUAUUUUUCAGUGAAUUUCACCCUACUCUGGGCCCAAAAAUAACAUAUCAGGUCCCAGAGGAGUAUAUUUCACGGGAGUUAUUUGACACGGUUCAAGUCUACAUUAUUACCAAACCUGAACUACAAAACAAACUAAUUACAGUGUAUGCCACCCACCUUAGCUCUUCUGCUUCUUUUUCAAAAUUAUUCCCAGGUGUGCAUUUUACUUGUAUCAGACUUAACCAUCUUUUUAAUUUAAUUAUCUGUUAUAGCACUGCUAUGGAGAAAAAGUUAAUCGGGUGUCCCGUGUGCAUCGAACAUAAAAAGUACAGUCGAAAUGCCCUUCUGUUUAACCUCGGCUUCGUUUGUGAUGCUCACACCAACACCUGCGCCCUUGAACCGAUUGUCAAGAAGCUGUCUGGGUACCUCACGACUUUAGAGCUGGAGAGUGGCUUCAUAUCAAAUGAGGAGAGCAAGCAGAAACUUCUGCCCAUAAUGUCGACUUUGUUAGAGGAUCUUAACGCGACAGGAGCCUGCACAUUACCUAUAGAUGAUUCCAACACCAUCCACCUAAAACUGAUUCAGCUGAGGAAGGACCCUCCAGUUGUMCAGGAAUACGACGUUCCUGUUUUUACCGAGUGCAAGGAUCUCUUCAUCAAAUCUCAGUGGGAUCUCACUACUCAACAGAUUCUGCCUUACAUCGAUGGCUUCAGACACAUUCAGAAAAUUGCUGCCGAGGCAGACGUGGAGCUGAACCUUGUUCGUAUUGCUGUKCAAAAUCUCCUGUAUUAUGGGGUUGUGACUCUGGUGUCAAUAUUUCAGUACUCUAAUGUGUACUGCACAACCCCCAAAGUCCAAAACCUUAUUGAUGACAAGUCCAUUCAAGAGGAAUGCCUUGCCUACGUCACUAAGCAGGGUCAGAAACGUGCCAGCCUCAGAGACGUGUUCCAGCUGUACUGUGGUCUGAGUCCAGGAACCACAGUGCGAGAUCUUUGCUCCCGCUACUCGCAGCAGCUUCAGAGAGUCGAUGAGAGGAGGCUAAUCCAGUUUGGACUGAUGAAAUCUCUGAUUCGACGGCUCCAGAAGUAUCCAGUGAAGGUGGUCCGUGACGAGAGAAGCAGGCGGCCUCGACUGUACACCGGUAGUCAUAGUUAUGAUGAGAUCUGCUGCAAAACAGGUAUUAGUUACCAGGAGCUGGAUGAGCGGUUGGAAAAUGACCCCAAUAUUGUUAUAUGCUGGAAGUGAUGGCACAUGAAACCACCUGCCUGAACGAUACAGACAUACCUCAACCAAAGGUGCCUCGAACCAGAGAGACUUCUCUGACCAACAGUCAACUUAAAGAUGUUUUGUAAUUUUUACAGCUUAAUUUGUAAUGUAAUCAUAAAAUCAAAAGCUAUUACCUUUUUUGUGUUUUGAUUAAGUUAUGAAGGAGAAGCUUAUUAAUCCUGUACCUCUGUAAAGCACUGCUGGGUGUAAUUUACCAUCUAACACUGCAGAGUUAUGUGUUUAUAUUCAGGGUAUUAUUAAAAAGAACAAAGGUUAAA